UGAUCCAAAUGUAUUAUACAUGCCUUGAGAACUACAGGCGGCCGAAGGUCUGAAAGCAGCGUCUUGUCUCGUGCCGCAUGCUCAUAUAUCUUGACUGCUCGUCCGUGGUCGACUCGUUUUGUCCCCGUAACUAUAGGAGAAAAGUGUUGCCGGAAGACGUAAGGCGUUACUCAGCUGGCACGUACCACUCCCCACUUGUCCAGGCUAUUCUCCCUCUCACGCCGGUAUCGCUCGAACCUUGGACACAUGUCCUGGCAUGUCCCAGUCAUUGUGAUGGCUUCUUCCAAUCGCGUACCAACUUUCGGACCGUCCAUCAUCCUUUCAGCAAUGGCUAUCUUCCGCUCGAUUUCAUGCACUUUCACGAGCUACAAAGGAGGUAAGUUGCCCUACGUUCCAAGACCCGUCUACGUACGCACCACUCGUCACAACCGUUCGCGGCGAUCAUGCGAAUCAGAAUCCAUCAUAUCUGCAUCAGCAUCGAGGCGAUCGCCCUCCUCCGCGUCAGCGUCCUCCUCUGCGCUGCGAUCGUCUUCCGUGCCGCUUGCACCACCUCAUGGUGAGCUUCAGGAACGACUAAGUCCACGCUCCCAGCGUUGUGCAUCGCUACCGUGUCUAUUGGCCAAAAGAGCGUCAAAAGUGGGAGCACAGUGGGACCUAGAUGGACGAAUGUUUGAACGAGAUCUGCCAACUGCCAAUGCGGGACCUAGUGGACGUGACACCCAUCCCUCUUCGCUCAACGCCAAGGGAAACCUCCCCACCACCACCAACACUGUAAUUCGACUCGUGCCCUCCUGUCCUCCUGUCUGCGACCGGCUGCUAGCUGCGAACGGAAGGCGUAUUGACCUGCUCGUCAUCCGUAGUUCAGACAUCUCGGCUGCAUUCCGCAACCGUUGAAAAGCUCGCUUUCAAGGUCACUACGACGUGCUCACUCACGCGCCCGAUACCGCUCCGCAUCUGUCUUCUAGAUUGCUCUCUCGCUGAGCCCAGCCGCAUCGUAGGCGAGUUGCCUGGAAGCCAGGAGGCGUCAUCGCCCUUCAAAAGCUCGGCAUGGAAGAGUGUCUCGACGGUAUCGACGCCA